AUGCUGGAAAUGAGGAGGCGCGACGUGGGGCAGCCGCCGCCCAGGGGCGCCCUCCUGCAGGGCUCCGCCGCCGACGCGUGGGGCUCCCCGUGCUGGAUGUCGAACAGCAGCCCUCCGGACGCCCCGCGCCCGUCGGGGGGCCUUGCCUGGGGCGACCCAGGGCCCGGGCCGUCGCACCGAUCGCCCGAGCCGCACGCCAGGCGGAGCUUCGCGGCCACGGUGCCCCUGGGGCGGUGGGCGCCGCCGGCGCAGGAGAAGGGCGGCGGGUGGCCGGGCAGGCGGCCCCCACCCCCGCCGCGCAACUCGAUCUUCGACGAGGAUGGGGAGCUAGGCCGCGAGGCGUUCGGAGGGGGCCGGCCAGGCGGGGGGCUGUUCUCUCCGGACGCUCAGGGGCCGCCUGCGUGGAGAUCGUCGCUCGGGAGCGGGCUGGGGGGAGAGGGCAGCGGCGGGGGCGGCCACGCUUGCGAUUUCGGGUCACUGAGGCGCAGGCCGGACCGCCAGGUCGGAGGCGACCGACGGGUCGCGAAUCGCGGGGGAAUGGAGCAGAGGAUUGCGGAGGUCCGCGCGGGGGACUACGGUGGAGAAGGCAGCGUUGAGAAUCGUCUCGUUGUUGGGCACUUCAACGAUCCAUCGAGAAUGGCUGUAUCUGAGUAUUCAUCGAUCGAUCCCCGCAAGAGCGUGGCUGCCUUGAAGAAGUCCAAGGAAUACUUGGAAUAUAUCAGGCUCAAUGGCGAAAAUCCUGACGAAAUGGAGGCAAGGCUGAAAGUGUACCAGGACCUGCGGAAAUGGGAUGCGGAGCUAUUUCGCCGCUGCCUUGAGGAGCCCAACCCAGAGGAAUGGGUGUCUGCAAACUGCCCCCUGUCGCUGUUGCUGUCCGACUACCUCGUUUUUGUCCUCGGAACAGCUGCGGUGGUGGCAUACCACUGGUGCACCGGAAGUAACGGCCUCUCAUGGUUCCCAUUGCUUGCCUGGGCCCUUGUGCAGAUCAUCCCCUGGUGCUUCAGCACAACUGCUGUGUGCUGGGGAGGCCAGUGCUACUGGGUAGCUGGCCGGCACGAGCACCUGGCGCCAGUCUGGAGGGUUGUGUGUGCACGGAUCCUGGAACUCCUGUUUGUGGCCUCAACUCUUGGGCUGGGUGCCUUUUGGUCGCUGAAACUCAAAAUUUGGGGCCCCAAAGGGCAGUCUGUGGCAGAGAACUGGCUUGAUGUGCACAUCAUACAGGAACUACGGGGCCCAGUGGUGGUCAGUUGA